CAUUGUGCAUACGAAAAUCCAAUCAUCUCUACUAGCAGUGGACUGUGAAGCAUGUUUUUCAAUUGCUUUCACUUUCUUGAAAGAAGUUUAGAUGUCUUUUAUACAUAAAUUCACAGAAAAAAAGAGAUUAUGCUUCUGAUUCAGCACUGGGAACUGAUAUCCUUUAUACACAAAUCUUCUCAGUGCAAUGACUGCAGCUGCGACGUGCUUGUCAGUGGUUCUGAAAGGGGUCGAUUUGUUUGUUGUUCAAAUCAAAUGCAAAGAUGUCGUUCUCUUUUGUAUCGAUCGGUUUCUUUCUUGCAUUUUGACGGCAAUUAAAACAUUGCUAAAUAUAACAAUAAUCGAAUUCAUUUCUUUUAAAUUUCUGAGUUUUUUUUGUUUGUUAUUUUUUUGUUCGCCGUUGCUAUAAAAGAUCAAGGGUCGACCUCGGGUUCCGUGUCCUCGGGUUCCAAGAUCACAUCUCUGUCCUCGUAGUCAUCGAUGGAUUCCGUGCCGGUGAAUUGGGACGCGCUCGACUCCCUCGUCGUCGAUUUCGCCAAGUCCGACCGCCUACUCUUCCCCGAUGACCCCUCCUCUUCUCCCCCCGCCUCCCCCUGCUCCUCCUCCGCUUCCUCCUAUCGCUCCCUCCGUCUAAUACGCCAGAUCCGCCGCUCCAUCGAGGCCGGCAAAGUCGACGCUGCCAUCGACCUGCUUCGCCUUCACGUCCCCGCGCUCCUUGACGAACGCCGGAUACUCUUCUGGCUGCAAAAACAAAAAUUUAUUGAGCUUUUGAGGAGUGGGACGGCGGGGGAUCGUGAUUCGGCUAUUCAGUGCCUUCGCGUUGAUCUCGCUCCCCGUGCCCUCGAUGCGUACCCGGAAGCUUAUGAGGAGUUCAAACAUUUGCUUCUGGUAUUGAUAUUUGACAAGGAUGACCAAAGUUCUCCUGUGGCUUAUGAGUGGUCUGAAAGAAGACGAUUGGAUCUUGCUGGGCUCAUAACUUCCAUAUUAAGAUCUCAUUUGCAUGCCUAUGAUCCAAUUUUUUCUCUGACGUUAAGAUACCUAAUAAGCAUUCAUAGAAUGUUUUGCCAUCGUCAAGGUGUUUCAUCCCCUAUCUUGGAUCCGAUGGAAAGAUUAUUGCUUGAGGGCAGGGAUCCUCAUGCAACAGCGCAGGAUGCUGUGUAUGAGGCACCUCCUUUUGAUGAAGUUGAUGUUCAAGCCCUAGCACAUGCUGUGGAGUUGACAAGACAAGGAGCAAUUGAUAGCUUAAGAAUGGCUAAAGGAGAUCUGUUACAUGCAUUUCAGAAUGAACUAUGCCGAAUGAAACUGGAUCUUUCAAUUCUCGACAAGCUUCUUCAUGAGUAUUGUAUUUAUAGGGGCAUUAUUGAUGGUGUUUCUCAUUCUCCACCAGAACAAGAAAAUAAUUCAUCAAGAGAUUGCUCUUCGUCAAACAUAGAAUGCACCAGCAGUAAAUUCUCUGAUGGUGAAACUUCUGUGGACAAUGCUGAUGCUGAAGGUGUUCCAGAAUCUUAUGCUGAUUCAACAAGCAUUGGUGAAAUAAGAUUUGCAUGUGAAGUGGUUGACAAUAAUGAAAACUGCAGCACCAGUGAUAUUACUCAUCAAGAGACUUCUUGUAGAAGAUUUAGGAGUGGCAGAAAUUAUGCGACAGGACAAAAAAGACGAAAAAAAUGGAGAGGACGGGUUGAAGAACAAGAGUAUGCUCCAUGUUCAUCUCUGAUGGAGAUGCCUACCCAAGAAAUUUUGCAUGUGCCAGUUGGUUGUUUGGAGGAUACUGUCCAGGAGGAUCAUGUAUCAAAACAUUUAUUUGAAAGUAUGAAACAUGUAGAGAAUAAAUAUGAUAUUAUUCUAGAGAUGAGGGAUCUGACUUACAAGGGGAUGACUGCAAAAGUAGUUGAAGAAAUAAAGGUGAUUGAUCCAGACUUCUUUAUUCAAAAUCCUCAUCUACUUUUCCAGCUAAAACAGUUUGAGUUUCUCUCUCUAGUCAAUAGCGGUGAACAUGAGAAGGCUCUUAUGGUGGCACGCGCUCAUUUAGCCCCUUUAGCUACGAAAAAUGAAGAUCUGCUGAAACCUUUGAAGGAGACAUUAGCAUGUUUACUUAAACCUUGUGAAGAAGUUCUUACAAAAGCAGUACCAUUGCCCAUCCUUGCAACAUCUCUGCAGGUUGCAAUGGGUUGGAAGCUUGGCAUUCAAGAACCACAACUAAUGAAAAUAGUGAGAGCGACACUUCAUACACAUAACGAGUGGUUUAAGCUUCAGAUGUGCAAAGACAGAUUUGAGCAGUUCUUGAAAAUAGAUCAACUGAAAGAAAUUGAGUAUCCAUUAUUCAGUAAUCCUGCAGCCAAGCCAGCUGCAGAUGAUACAAAUGGAUCUUCUCAAAUGACUAUAUGUUCUAAUAGCAAAAUUCAGGAAGAUGGUAGCAGCUCUCAAGUAUCACCUGGUGAAAAUGUUUGUGAUGAAAAUGCCAUACUUAAAGUUAUGGAAUUCCUGGCUUUGCCCCGGGCAGAUGCAAUUCAUCUCCUGAUGCAGUAUAACGGGAAUGCCGAUACCGUCAUUCAACAGAUUUUUUUAUAGAUUUGUUGUGUAAAUUAUAAUUGAUUACUUCUCAACUUUUUAUAUAUAUUUAAUUUCUGUGUAUUAGUUUAUUGAAUUGGUCUACAUCUUUAAUAAACUUGUGAUAUAUUGAUUAAAAAA